AUGUCUGAGGAACAACAGGACAGUAUAGUCGGUAUCGAAACACCAACAGAAAUCGCAACCAACGACACCGAGUAUAUUGGAGACAAGACUCAGCCAACCGAAGAAAUUCUGAAUGCUCUGAAUGCUCUCAACCAGACAACCGCUCAAAACGGACACGAACAAUCUCCAGCCCAACAAAGCAAUGUCAAGCAAGAUACUCCGAGUCAAGAAACUCCGUCUGAAUGGCAUGUUCUGCGCGAGAAGCUGCGUGAGCAACUUCAUGAUCCAGACAGCUGGAAUAAACUCGUCGACUUCGCCGAGGCGCGCGGUGAAAUUGAACAAAUAAAACAGACCUAUGAAGCUCUGCUUGAAGUCUAUCCCAACACGGUAUGCACCUUCCAGCCUCGCACUCGACAGUCCUUAACAUGUAUCACAAAUACCAAGUCGUCUGCUCAAAUUGCCUACCUCAACCAUUUCCUGAGCCCCGGUCUCUUUCCGUACGCCGAAGAACUCUUCAGAAGAUUCCUGAGAUCCUCUCCUCUAGUUGACCUCUGGAAGUUCUAUCUUACCUACGUCAGACGGGUCAAUACAUCACCGGCCAGUCGCGAAGCUGUUAGCAAAGCAUACGAGUUUGCCUUGAGCCGUAUAGGCCAAGACAAAGAUAGCGGGGAUAUUUGGAGUGAUUAUAUCCAGUUCCUUAAGGCCGGAGAGACAACCACAACAUGGGAGGAACAGCAAAAGAUGGAUGCACUGCGCAAGGUCUACCAUCGCGCCGUUCAAAUCCCUCUCGAAAAUGUCGAGAGGCUCUGGUCAGAACUGGAGACUUUCGAAAACAGCCUCAACAAGAUAACGGCCAAGAAGUUCAUGUCAGAUCUAUCCCCAUCAUACAUGCAAGCUCGUACAGUGCUUCGUCAGCUCCAACGGCACCUAGGACCGUUGUUUCCUCCGCCACCAGCUUCUUCGUCGACACGACCACAUCUAUAUCUCCCUCCUACUCCUACGUUUAAUGCGGCUGAAAGGGCGCUUGUCGGGGCUUGGAAAACUUACUUGAAGUGGGAAGAGAGCAACCCGCUCGAGUUUGAGGAUAAGGAUAAAACAACCCUUAUUUCACGUAUACAGGGUGUGUAUCGCAAAGCUGCUAUACGAAUGAGGUUUUAUGCGGAAAUAUGGUAUAUGUCGUUCGUGUGGACAAACAGCAUGGGUAAGCCGGAAGAGGCGCUGAAUAUCCUCAAGUCUGGCAUGGAGGCCAAUUCUACCAGCUUCCUCCUUCACUUUGCAUACUGUGAGCUGCAAGAGUCCCGCAAGGAACACGCUGAGGUCACCGCGACGUUCGACAAGUUCCUUGACGUCUUGCGUGCUGAGUUGGAUGAGCUCGAGAAUCGUGUUAAUUCCAUCAACGCGUCUUUUACGUCUGAUGGCUCCGGUCGUACCGUGCCUACGAGUGCUCCAACUGGGAAUGGUUCAGGGUCGUUAGAAGCGGGAACGAUCUCCAAUACUUCUUCCUUUGCCACUCAGGCUUCCGAUGAGAAACCUCCAAAAGUCAAAGAGCUCUCCGACCGAAGACAAGAAUAUGGUGUUGUUUGGAUCAUGUACAUUCGGUUUGCACGACGUGCUCUCGACCUCAAGGCUUUCCGUUCAGUUUUUGCGAAAGCUAGGCGUGACCGAUGGACGCCAUGGGAGGUCUAUGAAGCUGCUGCUCUAAUGGAAUACCACUGCAACAAAGAUGGUGGUACUGGCGUGGCAUCGCGUAUUUUUGAGAAAGGUUUGGAGACUUAUGGUGACGAGAUUGAGUUUGUUCUGAGAUAUCUUGGAUUUUUGAUAUCCGUGAAUGACGAGAACAACGCUCGAGCUCUUUUUGAACGGGUUAUCACAGCUUUUCCGCCUGAACGCGCUCGUCCUCUGUGGGAAAGGUGGGCUCGUUAUGAGUACCAGUAUGGUGAUCUUGAGGCAGCACAGAAACUUGAAAAGAGAAUAGCUGAAGUUUAUCCCUCGGAUCCGCCCAUCAAACGGUUUGCUCAACGACAUACAUAUCUGGGAACUGAUGCCAUUGCAGCACGGGAUCUUGGGUUUGCCAUGGCAGCUCGUCAGCCUGCCGCGUUGGGUUCAGCUAGCACCUCGAAUUCUAUUGAAAAGCGAACGGACUCUUUGUUCUCCUUGACUUCAGCUUCGCAUAUGCCGGCCGGCCAGCCGCCCACAAAGAGAGCCUCAUCUCCGGACUACAAGAGACGUGAGGGAUCUGCUAGACCUGACUUUGGCCCCCCCAGCAAGCGGCCGAGGCCAUCAUCUCCGCCUCGCGACCGUGACCGAGAGAGGUGGGAGGGUCCCCCUAGAAGGCGAUUUGGAAGUCCCGCAGGCUGGGAAAGAGAGCGAGACAGAGAACUGCAGCAUGUUAAGAAAGAUCGCGAAGAUGACAAGCCGUCUACUUUGCCCACAGUUAUUUCAUGGUUUAUUGGACAGCUACCUAGCCCAGCUUCCUUUGAUGGCCCCGUGUUCCGAACUGAUGAUCUGAUGAUGUUGUUACGCAAUGCUGUGAUUCCUAGUGCUACCAGGCGUGCUACCCCACCGCCUACGCCGCUCCCGCCGGCGCCUCCUGUUGCCCGUACUGGUGGUGGUCGUCCACCUCCGGAUUAUGGACCAUACCAAGGACCUGGAGGAGGGACUCGCGGUGGUCGCCGUUAUUAG